AUGUUGCUGCUGCUGCUGACCAGCAUCCUGCUCGGGCUCGUGCGCAGCAUCGAGUUUACGCAGCCGUACGUCGUGCAGUCGAGCUCGGAUCUGGUGCCGCUGGUCGACGUCUUCAACUUUACACGUGGCGGCGAGGCUGUCGUGUACCUCGACGUGACGCUACAAGCGACGCCCGCCGUCGUCCAAGGCCGCACCAUGAUGUACCUCUUGCUCUGCGACGACAUGGUAUUCGGCGACAGCUACUGCCGCAACCGGACGCUCGGCGUGGCCGCAGGGUGCCGCACCUUUCCGCUGCGGCAAUCGAGCUUUGUGAGCCUCUAUAACCAGACGUCGACUGCGUACCACACGAUCACAUACCUCCACGUCCGCGUCACGGAGGCGUCCGCGGGGGCCAAGUUCCUCUUUUUGGACGUGUGCGAAGCCCUCGGCGGCACCCAUGGCUGGCUGCCCUCCUGCAUGAAGAACGCGACGGGUCUGAAUACAACGUGCUUUACGUGCCCCGACAUGCUCUCGAACGACGAGGAUGCGAGGAGCCGCUGCAUUGUGUCGCCGACGAUUGCACCCAAUGUUACGGGACAGAUUGACAUCGCCAUGUGCGACGGCGACGGUCAAUGUCUGGGCGACAGCGUUGCGGAUUUGCUGCGCUUCUACAUGGCGUACGCGGCGCUGUGGAUCGUCCUGACGUUGCUCUGGGUCGCGCCGCUGCUCAAGAAGCCGUAUCUCUGUCUUCGCCUGCACUACCUAUUUGCCAUUAUUGCUCUCAUGGAGACCUCGUACGCGCUUCUGUCGUGCGUGACGUUCUCGAGUCCACUGGCUCCGAUUCAAAUUUUUCUCCAGUUUGGCUACUCGGUCGUGGGCGCGCUCUUUCUGCAGUUCCUCUGCCGCUGCUUCACCGUCCAGCUCGUCUUGAUGCUCGCCGAUGGCUACCAAGUGACCCAAAAUGGCCUCGAGAACCCGACGUGGAUCUCGCUCGACUGGACAUUUGUGAUGUUCUGGACCAUCUGCCGCAACGCGUCGCUCUACUCGAACGCGGCGCGCGGACCUGGCGUCUUGAGACAGAUCCAGUGGAGCGUCGCUUGCUACCUCAUGUUUAGCAACUACAGCCACGCCCGGCGCCACGUCAAGCGCCUUCGCAACUUGACCUUUGAGAUGCAAGUGCGACUCCAUAUCGACCCGGCCACGACCCCCAUCAUGGAAAAACUAAGGGUGUUUUAUGCGCUGCCCGCGGUCUUCUUCGCGUAUUUUCCGCUCUUGUGGAUCAACAAUCAGCUGAAUUGGAUGCCAAUUCCCCACUUUAUCGCGGACCACGGUAUUUUUACGCUUCUCUGCCUUCACCUCGGGUAUCGCUUCCGCGUCCGGCGCUUCUACCACGAGUUCUUACUGUCGCCUGCCGACACAAUUUUGCCGCCGCCCCCGCCCGAGCACCCGACGACCUUUGUGCUCAUCCAGCCGCCCAAUCCAUCCGAGCCGACGGCCUGUGGCGCGUUGGCAGCUCCGCGCAGCCCCACCAAGCCGCGACAAGACCCUCUAUGA